AUGGCGUUCAACAUCAAGCUUCUUCUGGCCAUCUGCUCCGUCGCAUUGUUCUUCACUCUUGUCUCUGCAAACCUUCCCAAAGAAGAGAUCGAUGGCUUCGUGGAGGAACACAACAAGGCCCGCGCCCAGGUCGGCAACCGUCCACUCAAAUGGAACGAGACCCUAGCCAAGUAUGCCCAAGACUAUGCAGACAAGAGAGUUGAUGACUGCGCCAUGGAGCACUCAAUGGGGCCUUAUGGUGAGAACUUGGCCUCAGGAGAAGGCAUGUCUGGAGCAGCUGCCACCAAGUAUUGGGUCACUGAGAAGGAGUUUUAUGACUACGAGCUAAACAAAUGCGUCCGAGACGAAUGUGGACAUUACCUUUGUGUGAUUUGGGGCAAAACCACCGAAGUUGGUUGUGGCAUUUCAAAGUGCAAGAAUGGACAAAACUAUGUCAUCUGCAACUAUGAUCCUGCUUAUAAUGAGGAGGACCAUCCCUACUAG